AUGUUCUCAUCAAGAAUCCUGCCAUCAUUCAAGCGUAGUGCCUUUCUUCAAGCAAAGCGAUUCACAUCUGAAUUAAGUGCAAGCAAACUUCAAAUCAAAAAGGCAGAUACACUCAAGCCUUUGGUUGCUAACAACGAGCUUGUCUUUGGUAACACCUUCACCGACCACAUGAUCUCUGUUGAUUGGGACGAAAAGAGCGGUUGGGCUGCUCCUCAACUCCACCCUUAUGAAAACUUGAGUUUGGCUCCCAGUGCUGUUGUCUUUCAUUAUGCUUCAGAGUGUUUCGAAGGCAUGAAGGCAUACAAGGAUGAGCAUGGCAAGAUUCGUCUUUUCAGACCCGAAAUGAACAUGGCUCGUAUGAACAGAUCGACUGCACGUAUUGCGCUUCCUCAAUUUGAUGGAGACGAGUUGAUCAAGAUCAUUGGCGAGUAUUUAAAGACAGAUGAGAGAUGGAUUCCCGAAGGAAAGGGCUAUUCCCUCUACUUGCGUCCUACUAUGAUCGGUACACAGGAAGUAUUGGGUGUCAACGCUCCUACCAAGGCCAAGCUGUUUGUCAUUGGUUGUCCCGUUGGCCCUUACUACAAGACUGGAUUCGCUGCUGUUCGCUUGUUGGCUACUACUGAAUAUGUCCGUGCAUGGCCUCGUGGUACAGGUGAAGCCAAGAUUGGUGGUAACUAUGCUCCCGGUUUAUUGCCUCAACGUUUAGCUGCUGAAAAAGGCUACCAACAAAACUUGUGGUUGUUUGGUGACCAACAUCAAUUGACCGAAGUGGGUACCAUGAACUUGUUCAUCUUGCUCAAGAACGAUAACGGUGAUUUGGAACUCGUAACACCUCCUUUAGAUGGCUCCAUCUUGCCUGGUGUCACUCGUGAUUCUAUCAUUGGCUUGGCUAAGGAGUGGAACGAAUUCGAAGUCAAGGAACGCACCAUGACUAUGCCUGAGCUUCGUGAUUUGGCAAAGGCUGGUCGUAUUGUUGAAAUGUUUGGUGCUGGUACUGCUUGUGUUGUCAGUCCCAUCAAGGAAAUUGGUUACAUGGGAGAAGAUAUCAAGAUUCCUCUUGAUCCCAAGGAUGCUCAAAGCCAAGCUGGUCCUUACACUAGACGCUUCAAUGAUGCUAUCAACGCUAUUCAAUACGGUGAGAUUGAGCAUCCUUGGUCCGUUGUCGUCAACUAG